AUGGAAAGAAAAUCAUGGAAAUCUAGGAGAAGAACUGGAGGAAUUCGUCGUAAAUGUAUGAAGGAGUACAUGAAGCUAAAAGAUACAGUUUUAGAAACAGCACAAACGAAUCAAAUGUGUGAUAGUCAUAAGUUGAGUCAAGUCCGAACAGAUCCACUUGAAAAGAGUUCCUUACCUUCAAAUAGUGUCGUUAUUGAUGUUGAAGAGAGUUCCAUACCUUCAAAUUUUGUUGAUAUAGACUUUUUACGGAAUUCAGAAGCCAAUGGUUCCGCAUCUAGUGAAGAUGAAUCAGAUUGGGAACACUGGGAACACAGAGAAAAACUUCGAUGGCCCAAAUAUAAUUCCGAUUCACUUUGUAAAGACGAAAAUGCUCAACCUGGUCCAGAUUGGAUUGCAAUGAAUUGUACCUUAAAAAGGAAGAAUUUUCCAACAUAUGAAGAUGCAGAAGAAGAGUUAAUUAAAAUGCUGAACAAAACUGAUACUGACACUGAUAAUGACCAAGAGCUUGGGCAGCACAAAACCACACCUGACUCUCUUGGGGAUCUCGGCGUCCCGGAGGACACCAAGCUCUCCCAGCUCCGAGUCGUGGAUGUCUUGUACCACUUUUAG